UUUUAAAAACUCUACAUACAUCGUUAAAAUUGAGCUACUGUAGUUGCGUAGGUGCAUAUAAUUUUGACUGAUAUAUUAAAGGUCAAAGGUAGACCGCUGGAGGAAACGUUAUUUCACCGCUAAUGAAACACCUUCGAGCUAGCCGUUUAACCAGUUAGCCGUUAGCCCACGUCUUUCUAAAAGGCGUGUAAUGACCGAUAGGACAUUUUAGUCUCGCCAAAUGUCACCGUCGUUUCAGGCUACGAUAACCACCUAAAUUAGGAGCACCGGAGUUUUACAUGUAGCUUUCCACACAGUUUCUGUUUACCAAGAUGGCGGACAGUGAAUCCAUUAAGAAAAUGUUGCGGUCUGUACUCCAGUCAAGCAAGAGCGGAGUGUCUAUCAGCAGCCUCCAGUCAGAGUACCGGACUCUGUGUGGAGAGGCAAUCCCACUGAAGAAGCUGGGUUUCUCAAAGCUGGAGGACUAUCUCAGAAGCAUUCCUUCUGUGGUGCGCCUAGACUACCGCAUGGGUGAGUUGAAGUGCUUUGCUGCAGUGUGUCAAGAGACAGCCCACAUUGCCGAGCUGGUGGCUCGUCAGAAAAACUCCAAGAAAUGUGGUCCCUCCAAAGUCAUCAACUGCAAGAUGAGAUUUAAAGCUUCCAACCCCUACAUGCUCAAUGUGACUCCAAGAUCAUCUCUGCGCCAGCCAUCACUUGCUGUUGCUUCUAACUGGCCAGCAAACCGUUCUCAGACCCAUGGUGGUUACAGAGGCUUCAGUGCCUCUGGUGACUACAGGCAAUUGGACCAAAAGCUAAGCUCCAUCACCCCUCUAGAACACAGACAACGAGCUCCUCAAGGAACUGUAAAACAGAAUGUCAUACCUAACAGGAAAGAGAAGAGCUUGACAAAUGACAAGAAGCCCAGAGAUGUGCCUCCUGGACAAGUUCCCAAACCCAACCAACCACAGAAUAGUCUAUAUGAUGUUUCGCUAGUGCAGAGAAGAAUCACUCAGCUCCUGGAGAAGUACUGCAGUGGAAUGUGGAUGUCAAAACUGCCAGAGGUCUACAGUCAAAUGUUCAAACAGAAGCUCCAUCCUCAGGUGCUCAUAGAUAUAGAGAAGUGGACACACAUCUGUCAGGUGGAGAAACCUCCCUCUUCCAACCGAGCUGACCGGCUAAUCUACCCUCCUUUGCCGAAGCCUCCUACAGUCUCUGUAAAGAGCACCAGCUCCCCAACAGCAUCCCCUAUCAAUUCAAGCACUGCCAUUGUACCCAUUUCUUCGUGUCCCUCAAAACCUGGACAGCUUGCUACACCUCUCAAUCCUCCCCCCGUUCCCAAAACCAGAGUAUUCCUGAAAGAACGCCUAGCUAAGCCAAAUGUUUUUUCUCCACAGCCUGCUGCUGCUACUCUGGGCAAGGCGUUGUCCUCAGUCACAUUACGAAGCCCUGCCCACAACCCAGCUCUUGCUCCCCGACUGACCCCUCGUGCCAGUCCCCCAGUCAGUAACAAUGGUGGUUGUGAGGAUUAUCACAAUUUGCCUACAGACACCCUCAAACACAACAGAAGCACUCAUUCCUUAGCCCCUACCUGGACUAAAAUUGCCUCGACCAUUACGUCUGCAACAGAUUCUAAAUCUGGUCAUGACGUUUUACCUCUAGUGAAGGUUGCAUUCAGUCCGUCCAUGAAUUCUGCCCCUUCUCCUCCCUUAAAAUCUUCUGCUGUCACUGCUUCAGCUGAGGUGCGUCAAAAAAUAAAGGAGCUUCUGUCCAAGUACAGCGGUGGUCUGUGGGCACAUGCGUUGCCUAAGCUUUUUAUGGACACAUACAAGAUGCCGUUCCCUGAGCAUGUUCUUGACAACUUGUUUCAGUUGCUUGAUAUAUGCACUGUGGAGUACCCCUUACCACAUGACAAGAACAGGGCCAUCCUGUAUAAUACCAGCAGAGCAGACAUGGAAUCCACAGACGGCCAAGACAACCAGCAGUGUAGCGGCCACACCCUCCCUAGUGGUUUGGAAGUACUGAGUCCUGUGGUUCCCCCUUGUCUGGUUGUUCCUUCAGAGCAAUAUCCCUCUGUGCUGGUUACUGAGGCCAAGAGCAGCAAUGCUGUCACUAUAAGGUAUGUAGGUGUGAACUACUCACACCUACAUGAGGCCAUGGAGGAUGUCAUGGCCUCCUUCUACAGCCAAAGCUCCAUGCAGCAUCCUCUGUCAAACCCCACUGUUGGUCAGCUGGUAGCAGUCAGAGGGGAGGAUGGAGAUGAUCUGGCCAGAGCACAGGUUAUAGAGAUCAUGGACUCCAAUAAAGUCAAGGUGUACUACAUGGACUAUGGCUUGUCUGUGGAAACUAGUGGGACUAAUCUACUGCAUCUUCACCAGGACUUCCUCUCUCUACCCUUCCAGGCUACUAAUGUUAGGCUUGCAGGCUUAGAGGCAUUCAGUUCCCAUCCGUCAGUGUUGUCCUCUCUGGAUACUUUGGCAGUUGGAAAGAUUCUGCUGAUGGAAACAUUAAAGUCAUGUGAACAGAAUGAAGUGCCUGUUGCAGUACUUUAUGAUACUUCAGAGGAGGAAGACCUUAACAUCAACUCCACCUGCCUGAAGGCUCUGCAGGACAAGACCAUGAACAACCCUCUGACUGUGAAUGUUACCUACAAGGAUGUGAGUGUCACAAAUGUGUGUGCAGAUGGCAUCAUGUACUGCCAGCUGCCUUCCCGAGGAAAUACACGACUGAAAAAGUUACUGGAACAAACAGAGGUCUACUUCAUCUCCCAGAUGACGUCUGAUUACUUGGUGGCCAGACCUUUCAGCGGCAAGUUCUGUCUAGCUCGCUAUAAAGGACAGUGGGCCAGAGUGGAGAUCACCAGCAUGCAUGACAACAGAGUGAUGGAGAUUGUCUUCUUUGACUUUGGUGUCCCAGCCACUGUAGAAGUCACUGAUCUCCGAGAGAUCCCCCCACUUUUUCUGAAAGACUUCACCCUCAUCCCACCACAGGCAAUUAAAUGUCGCCUGGCUGAACUCACCGUUCCAGAGGGAGACUGGAGCCAAGAGGCUGUUCUGUGGUUGAAGGAAGCUACCUUAGGCUCUGAAGACUGUAAAAUGAAGAUUGUGAAAUUAGAUGAGCACAAAGGGGAUAAGUUGGUCUACAUGUACCUGUUCAUCGGUGUUGACAGUCAGGAGCUACAUAAGAGCAUCAACCAUCAGCUCGACCGGUCAAAGUUGUUGCAUAAAUUCAGCAGUGGGGGUACAGGUCUCUCUGCUCUAAUGGAGCAGUUGACUCUGAACAACCCAGUCACAAACCCCACAGUCAAAGCCUCAGCCCAGCCAUGUGGCACAAAAGAAGAGGAUUCAAACACCAAAACUGGGAUGCCGCCUCCACUGGAGCUCCCUCAGCUUGGCCAGAAUAUGGAUGUGUUUGUGCCAGUGGCCUGCCACCCAGGUUACUUUGUGCUGCAGCCAUGGCAGGACCUUCAUAAGCUCGUGGUUUUGAUGGGGGAGAUGAUGCUUUAUUACAACCAGACGGGAAAGACCAACACAGUCACACAGAUCCAGAAAAGAGAGGUGUAUGCUGCCAAAAUAGACAAAAAUUGGCACCGUGUGCAGGUGAAGGCGAUUCUGGCCAACGGGUUGGUUUCCGUCUACGAGCUGGACCAUGGUAAACAUGAGCUGGUCCGUAGCACUCUCAUCCGGCCUCUGAUAGAGGAAUUCAGACAGCUGCCAUUUCAGGCUAUUGCUGCACAGUUGGCAGGUGUGGCACAGCAGCAGUGGUCAGAGGAGGCUUCCAUGUUAUUCAGAAACCAUGUGGAGAAACGAGCACUCGUAGCCCAGGUGGAGAGUGUACAUCAAAUGUCGGAGGUUAAAGGUGAGCUGUGGGCUUGUAGGUUGACAGUUUACCUGGUGGACACCACGAUGGAGGACAGGGACCUUUGGAUACACAGCAUCAUGACUGACAUCAAUGGGGAACUGUCUUCGGCUGCUUAGAAUGUGUCUGCAAGCACAGCGGUAAAUUAACCAGCAGCCAAACUCUUUGACUGUUACUGAAACCCUGUUUGUUUUGUUUUGUUGUCUUUUCAUUUUCUAAAAAACGGAAGCCAAAAGUCACUGCCUCUGCACUUGGUUCAAUUUCAGUGUUGUGGAUCUUUCAGAGACUUAAAGUACAGUCUCUUAAUGUUUAGGUUAUAGUGAAGGGUCCCCAUAACGCAAGACGAAAAAUGUUCUUUUGUUGAGGGGUAAUUUUUUAUUUAUUUAUUUAUUUUUUUUUCAGAAAAUACAGGCUGGAAAACAUUUACUAGGUUGAAAAAACAAAUCCAAUAUCACUAUUAAUAUUCUUUUGAAACACAUCUAAUUAGUUUUAAUUCUUUAACUCUUUUUGUUCCUUUAAGUCAAUUCAGAUAUGUGUAGCUUGUUUUGUUUCUUAUUCAUGACUUUUCUGCUUUUUUUGAUGUUUGCUGUGCCUUAUGCAUGCACUGGUGUUGGCCAUUUUCAACUUACUUUUUUGUGUAUGUAAAUAUGUUUUAUAGUCAUACAACAUAAGUAACUUGCAUGACUGAAAUUAAUAAGUUGCAAUAUUUCUACUGUUGUUAGAGUUUAAGCUGGUCACAUUCAUUUGAAUUAAAACAUGGAUCCUGAGGAAGGUGUACAUUGGCUUAAAGUGGAUUAAUGUCAAGUUUAAGUUUGAAACUGUGCAUUAUUAGACUUGUGUUCUGUCAAUUUGAGCUGCAAUAUCAGCAUUAAAAACCAGUACA